AUGAGUGUAGAGGUCCUCGACGGUGAAACAAUACGAAGCUUCGUCGAAGACGAAGAGGCCUUCAACGUUGCCAUUAAUUUAUGGUUCACAGACCUCGAUACCAAUAACGAUGGCCGUCUCUCCUACGUUGAGUUGAAGAAGGAGAUCACGAGCUUGAGGGUGUUCGAAAAACACUUUGGUGUGGAUGAUAAUGUGUUGAGCCAUGAAGAGCUUGCUCAAGUCCAUGGAGGACUGUUUUCAAGCUUUGAUCAUGAUGGUGAUGGAGUUGUGGACUUGGAGGAGUUUAAGGCUGAGAUGAAGAAGAUGAUGCUGGCCAUUGCUGAGGGGUUAGGGUUUUUGCCGGUGCAAAUGGUGGUUGAGGAGGGGAGUCUUCUCAAGAGAGCUGUGGAGAGAGAAAUAGCCAUGAAGAUUGCUGCAUGA